GGAUUGCUUCACGUAUCGACUGUCGCGAAUACCACCGCAUGAUUCAUACGAAUGUGAUGCAGCAGCAAGGGGCAGCAGCCCCAAAAUUGUUUAAAACAGGCAUUAAUCGCCUCUCGCAAUGACAGACAUGUCAUUCUCUCGUAUAAGUCUAGAUAAACCAUAAAAUAUCCUUGGAAUGAAGUCUUCCGCAAUGUGCAACUCUUCGCAUUAGAUUGCGGCUCAAAUAAGGACCUGACUGUGAUACCAUCCACGAUGGACAAUGAAGGUAGAGCACUGCACCGUCAGCAUCCGUAUGCGCUUCCCGCCUGGUUUGUAGCUGAGAAUGUCAAAACCAAGUCAGAACAUCGGACAGGAAUACGCCUACUUAGAUAUAGUAACCUUAGUGCUCAAGGGGAUGAGGAAGCAAGUCCCUGUACGGAUACUGACGGAGUCGGUAGAAGCAAGAAUGAGGACGACAAGGACCAAACGAAAGCCGUGGAUGAGUAUGUGUUCCAAGAAAAGCGGUACGCGGAACUUUAUGACCUUGCUACUGCUGCUCUACUCAGCAAGACUUCAUUUCCUAAAGUGAAGCGAUGCGGCAUAUGGCCUUGCAUGGCUGUGGAAGUUGGAAGUUCUGCCUGCGCGACAGCCAUUAUAGAUCACCUAGCAGGAGAUAUGGGUGCAUCCUGCAUCUCAGCAGGGCCCGAAGAUCUGUAUAAGCUUGCUCGUGAAUUUCAUCAACAAGACCAAUCCGCUCAGCAUCGCGAUGACCGCUCCAUCCGUGCAGAUUCCAUGUGUCGGGAUGAGGAUAAGCAAUCAAUAUUCCCUGAUGAGAUGGUAGAGCAUGCCGGUUCAGAUAUUGGUCUCAGUGAUGACAACAACGACACUGAUUACGCCAUAAUUGAUGAUAGAGAUCGGAUGAUCAAAUAUCAGUUCGGAGACGGGCAGAGUCUACGGAGUCAGUGUUCAAUAAAGUCUAUUUUGAAUGCUCCUUUGGCGAAGAUUGAACAGAAGUUCUUGCCAUGUGAUUCUCACAGCAUGGCUCCGAAACAAGGUGCUCCAGUUAUACUCCACAUUCGCAACUCUUAUGAGAUUGAUUGUAUCUCCUACCGAAUCUUGGGCAAUUUUAUGAAUGCCAUCAUGGAACGUUGGAGGAAUAAUGAGCUUGUAUUGCUUAUCGUCAGCGAUAUGAACCAUGACUCCCGACGGCAACUCAACAUCGUACCUUCUUUUAUUGUUUGGUUCGAUGAUCCAAAGUCACCCAAUCACAGGAUUGCAUCAGAAACGGAGAAGAAACAGCGUGAAAUUGCGAGCAGAUUUAGAAAAUUGAAGGGGUCUAUACGAGAAAGGCUGCCAAAAGGCUUUGGUUCCGAGUUGCUAUCCGAUGCCGUACACUUGGAUAUACCAGAUACUUUGCUAAUUAACUUCCAUGAUGAUAUGGACUACACGCUGAUCGCUUGCCAAAUUUUGGGUCGGGUUUGCAUCAAAGGGGCACUGGAACUUAGUGACAUCUUUGAAGUCUUACGGCGUCUUAAUAGUGAGGAACCGCCGCCACCAGAACCCCCCAAAAAUGGGCUUAUGGAAGUUGAGGAGCCCAGCUUCACCGGAAAGGUUGAUGCAAUCAGGAAGAAUUGCAACAAGUUCGAGCUAGGGCUUCUGAAAUGCAUUGCCGAUCCAGCAAUUCGGAAAGUAACCUUUGACGAUAUCAUUCUGGAGCAAAAUGUGAAAGACCACAUAAAACACUUGGUGCGCUUGUUGAGAACCCAGAUUGACGGUUUCUCUGAGACACUUCUGGAAGAACCAAGAGCUACAGGAGUCUUACUUCACGGACCUCCUGGCACUGGGAAGACCCAUCUAGCUCGUGCUAUCGCCAACGAAUUCAAAGCGACCAUGCUUUGGAUCAAACCAGCAGACAUCGUGAGUGAUAUUGCGGGGGAUGCAGAAAAAGCAAUUCAUGCCGCGUUCACACUAGCAAAGAAGCUAUCCCCUUGUAUUUUGUUCAUUGACGAAGUCGAUGCCUUGUUUCACCGUCGCUCCGCUGACGAUCAGUCCUGGCGACGAACGGCCCUGGCUCAAUUCCUCCAGGAAGUGGAUGCACUAUCCCGGAGUCAAGAUGCAACCUUCAUUCUCUGCGCGACCAGCCGGCUUACAGAUUUAGACGAAGCUUUCCUGCAGCGAUUCCCUAAUAAGGUUAUGACAAAGCUGCCCGGCGAGAAGGAAAGACUCACGAUUCUGCAGACAUUCCUUAAGAGACCAGACACCGACCCUGAAGUCAGCCUAAAGGCUCUCGCACGUCAAACAGCCGGCCUAUCUGGCUCAGACUUGCGGUCACUCUGCAGACAAGCUGCGUUGCACUUUGCUAUGGAUGAAGCAUCCUCGCACUCACCCGGUAGCGCAAUCAAGACUCCGACCAAACUUCAUCUUAAAGCCCAGCAUUUCAUUGAGGCUCUUCGGAAUAUUAAGCCCAGUGUAUCGAGGGGUUCUCAGACCGAUAUAGAAGCGCCCAGUCGUCUCGGUACUCGUGGUAGUAUAAAGGCUGGUCAGAACGGAGGGAGUGCAGGAAAAGCGACGACAGAACCAAGCAUCCCAGAGUCCCCUGUAUCAGACCACGAGACUGCUUUUCUUUAGACGUGACAAAGAAUGGUGACUUUGCUGGUCACGGAAUGCUUAUAGUUAGUUGGCUGGAGCUUGGCUACGUUCAAACAAGAUAACUAAGUUAAUAGUAAUUCUCAAUUCUGCCCUGAAGACCCACAAAUGCCGGUAACACAGCGUUCACUACAGGAACAGAAAGCAUUUGUCCGAGUUGACGUGGUCAUCUGCCUCGGUGCACGUCAUCUUUCA